AGUUUUAGCUGGAUACCUUCGCGCCGGGGCAUCCGGGGCAUCCGGGGCUCGCUUCGGAGACGUCUCGAAACCAUGGCGGCCAUGGCGGGCUAUCCUGCAGAUGUGCCCGAGGCUGUAGAUGUAGCAGUCCUGGACGGUCUUCGGAGUAUGCGACUCCGAAAACGACCCAUCAAUGCGCCCAAGGAGGAUGAGGUCCAGCUACAGAUCAAUUGCGUGGGCAUCUGUGGCUCCGAUAUGGCCUACUGGUCCAAGGGCAUGGCUGGCGGCUUCGUUCCCCUGGACUUCAGUGAGGAGGGCCUCAACCAGGGCUACUGCGGUCAGAUGGGCCACGAAUGCUCCGGCACCGUCAAGGCCGUGGGAGGCAAGGUGAGCCACCUGCAGGUGGGCGAUCGAGUAGCCAUGGAACCUGGGGUGCCAUGCUCUGACUGCAAGUUGUGUCGCAAUGGUCGCUACAACUUGUGCCCGCGCAUGCGCUUCAUCGGCUCAGCCGUGAAUCGAGUCCCGGGAGCGCUCUGUCGGAAGUUCAACCACAAGGCCUCCUACUGCUACAAGCUUCCGCCCAAUGUCAGUCUGCAAGAGGGGGCCAUGUUGGAGCCUCUCUGUGUUUCCCUACAGGGCGUGACGCGUGCAAAGGUGGGCUGUGGGCACCACGUCUUCGUGAGCGGCGCGGGGCCCAUUGGCCUCAUGACGGCCAUGUGUGCCAAAGCGGCAGGCGCAGCCACGGUGACCAUCACUGACAUGGUCGAAUCAAAACUGGAAAAAGCGAAGGAGAUAGGUGCAGAUUUCACCCUCAAAGCGGACACACCCAACUUGCACGAAGCCUUAGAAGCCUUCAUCGGCGAGAAGUUCGACAUGAGCUUCGAGUGCUGCGGGGUCCCUGCCGCCUUAAACAGCUGCAUCGAGGUCACAGUCCCCGGGGGCACCGUUUGUGUCGUGGCCAACAUGCCGAAGCAGGUGCCUUUGGAUUUGCAGGUGGCCUGCAGACACGAGGUGGACAUCAUCGGUGUCUAUCGUUACUGCAACUUGUAUCCGAGGGCUUUGGCCAUGGUGGCGAGUGGAAAGAUCAAUUUGAAACCAUUGAUCUCCAAAACUUUCCAGCUGGAGGACGUGCAGAACGCCUUCGAACAUUUCGCUUCGGGUGAGCCGAUCAAGGUGCUCAUCCAACCCAACCCACCUGAGCAGAUGGUCUGAGAAUGUCUGAGAGUCGUGUUGGCGGCCGGCGGAUGGUAGGAGCUUUCAGGAGGGUCAAACGUUAAUGCAGAUAGUGAAGUUCGAACCUCAGUGGUGCGAAACAAAAGGUGGGAGGCCAUAUCGGUAAAGAUCCUGGCCGGUAAAGUCCUAAUUCG